AUGGUUUAUCAUUCUUAUCAUAUAGUUGAAAAUAGUCCUUGACCUAUUAUUAGUUCUUUUGGGGCUUCUACUUUUAUAGUAAGAAUUGUAUGUAUAUUACAUUUGAAUAAUUUUUUUUUUCUUUUUUUUUCAUUUUUCUUAUUAAUUUUAAAUUUUUAUUUAUGAUGACGAGACGUGAUUCGAGAGUCAUUAAUAGAAGGAAUACAUACAUUUAUUGUAAAACAAGGUUUAAAAAUAGGAAUAAUUUUAUUUAUUAUUAGUGAAAUUUUUUUUUUUAUUAGAUUAUUUUGAGCCUAUUUUCAUAGAAUACUUUCUCCUAGAAUUGAAAUUGGAAUAAUAUGACCCCCUAAGGGUAUUAUUUUUUUUAAUCCUUAUGAAAUUCCUUUAUUAAAUACUAUAGUAUUAUUAAUAUCUGGUUUUACUAUUACUUGGAGUCAUUAUAGAAUUUUAAAUAAUAAGAAAUUAAUAGCUUUAGUAUCUUUAUUAUUAACUGUAAGAUUAGGUAUUUAUUUUAGAUUAUUACAGUAUAUAGAAUAUAAACAAGCGUUAUUUACUAUUAAUGAUGGGAUUUGUGGAUCUGUGUUUUAUAUAUUAACAGGUUUUCAUGGAUUACAUGUAAUUAUUGGAACUAUUUAUUUAAGAUUAAAUCUAUUAUUAAUAAUAAUAAAUUGAAUAGACAUAAAAAAUCAUUUAAGUUUAGAAAUAGCUAUUUGAUAUUGACAUUUUGUUGAUGUUGUUUGGUUAUUUUUAUAUAUUUUUGUAUAUUGAUGAGUUUAUUAA